CCAUCGAUGAAGAUCUGAACUUCUCGCAAUUGCCAUAUGGCAUGAUGCGUCAACUCAUCCCCGCCUUACUGGCAGCCCCGAUAGCUCUUGCAAGUCAAACCGUGUUCAGCGUGCACGAUGACUUGCUUGCGUAUCCCCAAUACGAAGUGAUCUUUUCAGAUUCAUUCAUCUCCGACGUAGAAGCGAGCCUGGUCAUAGAGCAAGCUUCAUCAGCUAUUCACAAUGCUCCACCACCAGCGAAUACCAAAGGCAUCGAGUCGCGGCGGAGUCACGACGGAGCACACACCUCGCAACCUCAUCACCAAUUCGACCCUGCACACGAGACCUACGAAAUAAUGUACCUCCAUGGCGACCAGUACCUCUGCACAAUCCCUAUCGUCGACAUACCCCCCAAAAACGAAACCUCGGAGGCCGAAGCACGAGCCGCCGAACAGAAAGAGCUAGCACGGGCCACAGACAGAGGCUGGGAACUGCUACAAGACCUAGAAGGCGGCUGUCUAUACUUCGUAUCAGGAUGGUGGUCAUACAGCUUCUGCUACAACAACGAGAUCACGCAGUUCCACCAGCUGCCUCCACAGCCGGGAAAGCCGUUGCUUCCGCCGCAGCGAGAUCCGGCCACGAAGCAAUUCGUUCUGGGUAAGGCGAAGGGACAGGAGAGCACGGAAGAUGAGUGGGGAAAUCAGAUUGAUGUUCAUAGGGGCAAGGGCAAGCACGACGAGCCAUCAAAGACGGAGUUACAAGUCAAAGGCGACACGCGAUAUCUGGUGCAGAAGAUGGAGGGCGGCACGACGUGUGAUCUUACGGGCAGGCCGAGGAGAGUGGAGAUCCAGUAUCAUUGCAACCCGCAUGUUACGGAUCGGAUUGGUUAUAUCAAAGAAGUCACGACAUGCUCGUACUUGAUGGUCGUCUACACGCCGCGCCUCUGCAGCGACGUUGCGUUUAUGCCGCCGAAGGAAAACAAGGCGAACUCAAUUCUCUGCAGAGAGGUGGUCGAUGAAGACGAGAUUGCCUUCCGCACCGAACUCAAGACACUAGAAGCCGAACUUGAUGCCACGGCGCCAAAAGAGAAGCUGGCGAAUGUUGGUGGCCUGUUAGUUGGAGCCGGCAAAUGGGUGAACAAGGAAGGACAGAGGAUGCCAAUUCCAGCCAACUUUGGACAGGAGAAUCAAGGUAAGACGGUAGAUAUUAUCGCUAAGGGUGGUGGCAAGGCGGAGGGCGGCAAAGUUGAGAUGAUCAGUGAUGCUGAUCUUCAGAAGCUAGACUUGGAUCCGGAGAUGGUGGACGAGUUGAAGAGGCGGGUUGAGAAGCUGGCGGAGGAUAAAGGGUGGAAGAUUGAGGUUGUCAAUCAGCCUGGACGGGCUAUGGAGAUCUUUGGGAUUGUGGAUGAAAGCGAAGAAGGAGAUGAGGAUGAAGAGGGGAGUGAGGAGAUAUUCUUUAAGGAUGAGUUAUGAUGGACGACUAAGGCAGAUGAGAAAUGAUAUCUGUAUCUGUUCC